CAUGUUAGAUUGGCCUUAUUUUUCUUUCAUGUUCUUAAAUGUAAAAACAUGCUAUAUGUUAACACAAAAUGCACAUAAUACUGAUGCUUUUAUGUGUAUAUUUUUAGAUUUGAUACAUCAGUAAUAUGAAUUGUGAACGUACGUCUAUCGAUUAUUUAUGGUAUUGAUCACGUGAUGGCGAUUCGUUGCUAGAUUUGUCACCUGCUUCCUUUGUGUUUGGUAUAUAAAUACGAAUGGCGUGUUUAUAAACAGUUUAAAUAUAAAGUGGUGUCGGUCGUAAGCACACUAACACACUUCCCUUUUGCCAAGUCAAUUUCGGCGUGAAUUAGUACGUCUUACAGGUUACAAAUGGCGUCUGAAGGGACGGAAGCCCCGUCAACGGAAGUAGCCACUGGUAGAAGUUUGAUCGUGGACGAAACAUCGUUCGAAGAGCAGUUUCUACGCUGUCAGGUGUGUCGUGAAAAAUACGAAAUAGAGGAACGCCCUGCGAAAUCCCUGCCUUGCAACCACAGCUUCUGUCUUCCAUGUUUGAAGCAAGUCUUUGAUCACAGCCAGCCGGCCGCCAGACGAACUCUUCUGUGGGGGGACGAGACGCUUGAUGGAACCCUCAAAUGCCCUCAGUGUAGAGUGGAGAUCUACCUGAGUCGAGGAGAAAUAAAGAAGCUGCCAAAUGACCACAGGGUUAUUCAGAUGAUAGACUUUUUGUCUCAAGCUGUUGUCAAAUCGAAAAAUGUCUGUUCAAAGCACGAAAAUCAGUCUUUGAAUUUUUUUUGCAAACUGUGCAUGGUGCCUGUGUGCAGAGACUGUACGGUUUUAGACCACAAGGAACAGCAGGGCCACAGUAUUGUAGAUGUUACUGAUGCCCUCAGUGAGAAUUCUGAAGAGUUCAAUGAAGUUGAAAACAAGAGCAAGCAGAGUUUAGACCGAAUGAAGACUAGAUCAGACUCCCUGGCGAAUGCAUCCAAAAGGCUGGACCUUUUGGAGAGAAAACUACGUGUUCAGAUCAAAGACACCUUCAUCGAGUAUCGUCUGCUUUUGGAAAGAAGACAGGAAGCACUUACUAGCAUGCUGCAACAGCAGGUAAAAGAACAAAAGAAUAAAAUUAAUACCAGAUUUUACGGAGUAUCUGAAAAUGUUUCAGAACUGGGGAAAAUAUACGAGUCUUUCGUUGAAGCCAGAGCUUCUAAUGACAUCAAAAACCUGUUUGCUCUGAACGACAAGAUGAAAGAAAAGGAGGAAGAGUUCAGCAAAUCGGCAACCACCGAUGACGACGACGAACUGUUUGUUGCCUCGGGGUUCGAAGUCCCCAACGAAGGAGCAUUUCUGUCCGAGAUGAGCAUGCUGGGGGAAAUCUCCUCCAACCAGGAUCUCCAGCUGAAGCAACCGGUUCCGGCCCACCAGCUUUAUAUCUUUGAUCUAGAAGAAAGGCAAGAGAGAGUACGCCAAUUUCAGAGAAGUGCCUGCUAUGUGGACUGUGAUGACUACCUAAUAUACCCAGCAACAGACUACCCACAAAACACUGUGGACAGUGGGGAAGAGCAGGAGCCUGAUAUUCUUGACGCAGAAGCAAUAGAAGCCAUCACCCAGCGGAUCAUGGACAGACGAUCAGCACACGAGAUGCUAGAGAGCGAGCAUGCGGAGAAUAAUCCUCGGCAGAUGCAUGGCAGACGAGGAAGAAAUUCUCGGCGGGAAAUACUUGUCCCGGCAACUGGUUUACGAGUGCCAUCGUCGUCGAACAGAGAGAGAUCGUCCCGCGAAAACAGAAACAGCAGGAGGCCAGACAUUCAAGUGGUCAGACACCAGUUACUUCAAAGACUGCAGGUGCAAGAUGAACAAAACUAAAAGUCAAAUAUGAACAGACAAUUUUAUAUUGAAGUUUAAUUGACACUUUUCCCCCCAUUGGUUAUUAUGAACAUUUGCUUGUGUAAUUAUUUGUUGAUAAUCAGCUGCCUUAUAUUAGGCCUAUUUCUGAAGCAUUUAUUAUGAUUUUUAAUUAUCAGAUUUGUAUUUUACAUAGACACAUAGUUGUCAUUAAACUUUUUUUUCUAUGUA